AUGCAAUUCGACGCACUGAUAGGCUAUCGAAGACGACGCAUUCGCAAAGCAUUCCUCGUGCUUCUCUUCGUCAUCGCCUUCCUCGCCUGCUGGUUCUUUCUAACGGUGCUCAUUCUCACUGCACAAGAGAAGCUUUUCGAUCAAUCUGGAGAGAAUUUCGUCGAGCCAACUUCCUAUACACGUAGGGGUGUUCAGGUGGUCGUCGGUCAUUAUAAUGGUAAUCUACCCGCUGAAAAGCGUGCUAAUUUAACUGAAGAACAGUUGAAUGCAAACAACUUCGCACCGAUUGCUGGAGUUGGAGAUGGUGGACGUCCUGUAAACUUGAAUGAUGACGAAGACCGUUUGGCAGAUGACACUUUCGGUAUCAAUCAGUUCAAUUUGGUUGUCAGCGAUAAAAUCGCGUUGAAUCGGACGUUGCAAGAUGUUAGGAAUCCGCAUUGCCGCAAAAAGACAUAUCCAGGUUUUUACUUCGAUGUAUUGAAAUGA